CCCGACACCGGCCCCGGGCGGGAGCGGCACCAGCCCGGGCAUGGCGGAGCCGCUGCGGCCCUUCCGCCUGCGCGGGUGCGGCAGCCCGCAGAAGUUCGGGGUGGCGGCCGGGAGCCUGCGCGGGUUGCUGAGGAAGGGCUGCCGGCUGCUGCAGCUUCCCUUGGCAGGCAGCCGCCUCUGCCUCUACGAGGACGGCACGGAGCUGACCGAGGGCUACUUCCGAGCGCUGCCGCCGGAGACGGAGCUGGUGCUGCUGCGCCCCGGGGAGAGCUGGCGGGGCUGUGCCAGCGACAUCGAGCGGCUCCUGGCCGCGUUCUGCAGCCAGCAGGGCGCUCUGGUGGAGGUUGCGCGGAGGCUGCUGACGGACGAGCGGGCUCCCCGCAAGCAGAAGCUGCUGGCGGAUCUCAUCCACAACCUGAGCGAAAACAUCCUGGCCGAGAACAAGGAAGAUGAUAAGAAAUGGUUUGAAGGGCUGGAGUCUCGGUUCAAGAACAAAUCCAGCUACCUGCGGCAUAGCUGUGAGAGCAGAAUGCGGGGCUACAUGAGAGAGGUUAGUGGUUUUAUUUCAAACGUUCAUCCUGAAGCACAAGAUGCCUACAGAGGGAUAAUCGACCUGAUGGCAGAUAAACUGAAAUCUGUGAAGUACAACGGGUGCUACUUUGACAGAAGGGAGGAGGAGGAGGCAGCACGCCUGUGCACUGCAGAGGGGUGGUUCUCCUGUCAGGGACCUUUUGACAGAGAUGACUGCCCGUGUAAGCAUUCCAUCAACCCCUACAGCAACAGGGAAAGCAGGAUCCUCUUCAGCACCUGGAAUCUCGACCACGUAAUUGAGAAGAAACGUGCUGUUGUCCCAGAACUGGCAGAAGCUGUCAAAACACAAGACGGGAGAGAAGUGAACUGGGAAUACUUCUAUCAGCUGCUGUUUACCCUGGAUAAUUUAAAACUCGUACAUAUUGCUUGCCAUAAGAAAACCAAUCAUAACCUCAGCUGUGACAAAACCAGAAUUUACAGAAAGAGGAAGCAAACCCAUGAGAUUUCCUAGUGCUGUCUCUGUUAGGGACCUGCUGCCUUUUUCAAUCAUAUCAGUCUGUUGUUUUUAAAUAACUCCAAUUUCUUAAAUAAGAACUAUUUGAGAAUCCCUGGAAGAAGACUGGCUGGGUAACCAAACCAGAGCCUCACAAAGCACACUCCAAUAUCCCAUUUAAUUCUCCUCUUCUGCCUUCCCACUCCUUACAAGCUUCCCUCAAAUCAAGUGUGAUAAAGGUACAAAAUGAGCCAGAGGCUGACUCUGAUUCUACCCUGUCAUCUCUGGCUAGUGUUGGCCCAAGAUUCACAGUACACAGAAAUGAAACUUGGACAAAACACUUUUUUACAAACUAACCUGCAGGGGCUCACAGACUCUUACUCCUCUGGAGAUUAAACCAAAGAACAUUUAGGAUCAUGUGCUUUUUAUCUGUGCCUUUUUCAGGUAGCUUCAGGAAUGCCAAAGGUGGUUCAGCAGCAGAGCUGCGACCUCACCUGUGCCAAACUCCUGCCCUCAUCCACACCUGCCCCUUUGCCAUUGCUUCAGAUGUGCAUCUCCUAGAAAGAAAAGCAAGGCCAUAGCAUUUUUUUUUUGCUUUUUUCACCUUUGUGUGCCAUCUUCCCUGCUGAUUUUCCUCUCCUUUCUAACACUUUCUGCCUCCAGCUUGAGUUUGCUUGACACACCACCAGAAAGGACAGCUAUAAUGAUCAUGUUUACAGUAAUGUUUACCCACUGCCUUGGAGAAUAUUGUUUUGGUAAAACAUUUCCUACCUCAGGCAACAAAUCAGGAAUAGUUCAAUUUUUUACUUGAAUUCUUUUUUUAAUACCAGCUGAUAGCAACUGAACUUUUGGGAUUGUCAAUGUAAAUCGUGUGAACAUUUUAAAUAAAAAAAUGCCCCCA